AUGUCGCUCCUGGAUGAGCUUCCAGUCGCACCGCCAGACCCGGCUUUCUCGCUCGUCGCUGCGUUCAAAGACGAUACCUGCGAGGGAAAAGUGGAUCUAUGCCCAGGUUUCUAUCGAGACGAGAAUGCAAGGCCCUGGAUCUUACCAGCUGUCCGACAGGCCAAGGAGCGACUACACGCCAAGACUGGCGACCACGAGUAUCUCCCUCUCGCUGGCCUUCCCAGCUUACUACGCAGCUCGCAAAGACUGCUGUUCGGUGCUGAGCGGGAUGUGAGCCGCCUUGCAUCGCUGCAGACCGUUUCAGGCACGGGAGCCAAUUACAUCGCCGCUCAGUUCCUUUCCAGCAGACUCCAACCCAAGAGAGUGUGGAUUCCGGAUCCGACUUGGGUGAAUCAUCCAGAGAUCUGGAAACUUGCCGGUCCAGAGGUUGAGCAGCGAUAUUACCCGUAUUACGACAAGGAACGCCACCGGGUAGACCUUGACGGCAUGAGAAACACACUGCAACAAGAUGCACGGAGAGGAGACGUCAUUAUCCUCCAUGCGUGUGCUCAUAACCCGACAGGCGCAGACUUUACGACAGAGCAGUGGAGGAAUGUCGCUGCUCUCUGCGAGGAGAUUGGACUGUUCGCGGUCUUUGAUGUGGCAUACCAAGGCUUUGCAACCGGUGACCUGGUCAACGAUGUCUUUGGUAUUACAUACUUCUAUGACAAACUCACCCUCGAAUUCGCAGUAAUGCAAUCCUUCUCGAAGAACUUUGGACUAUAUGGAGAACGAAUUGGAGUCCUCCACGUCGUUGCACGCGACGUCUCGACCGCCUCGAAACUAACGCCAUUACUCACUCGACUGUCACGCGCCGAGAUCACUUCUUGUCCUUCCUAUGGCGCCAGGCUCGUCGUCGAGGUGCUCGAGGAUCCUGCUCUGUAUGAGCAAUGGUUGAAAGACCUGAGAACGAUGAGCGACCGCAUCAAGGAUAUGCGAAAGGAUCUCUAUGAUGGCCUCCAGCGCAGGAAUGUACAUGGAUCUUGGGACCACAUACUCACUGACAUUGGGAUGUUUUCCAUGACUGGAUUGUCCCCGGAACAGGUCGCUGAACUUAGGGAGAAACAUCACGUUUAUCUUCUCCCAAGCGGACGGCUAUCCAUGGCAGGAUUAACCAAGCAGAACUUGGAGACGGUGGUUUCUGCGAUUCAUGAUAUCCUUGGCUCCGUCUAGCAGAAUUUGCCACGACAAGGUAGAUCGAGGAAAUGGG